UAUUGAUUGAUCUACCGUAACCGGAUCGGUCUACUGUUAAAGAUUGCUGAAUUGAUUUCAUACUGCAUGCAUGAUUUGUAUUAAGGCUAAAAAGAGCUUAAAUGGCACUAACCAAUGCCGAAAGACAAAAAAAAAUCAGAAAAAGUCAAAAGGCAAAAAAUGAAAAAGAAUACCUGCAGAGGGAAAGAACUCGUAAAAGAAAAGCAUACAUUCCAUCAAAAGAACUUUAAGUAUGUCUGAAAGAAAGAAAAGAAAUAAACAAAAGCUGACCAGUAAUAGGGAAAGUAGAAAAAGGAAAGCAAAUUCAAAUCAGGAAGUAUUGGUGCUUAAACUAAUUUUCCAGCUAAGGCAAAUGGCAGUAAAUCUAGAAGAAAGAAAAUUUUGUUGGAAAAGACCAAUGCAUUACAGCCAUGACAGCGUUUAGAAGAACAAAAUUUGAAACUGAAAAGAAAAUACCAAGCACUAACUAGAGAGCAGCAGAGGAUAAACAAGAAACUAAGAGACACAGAUUCCCCAAGAAGCAAGGCUAACAAAGAUAUCCAGGAAGUAAUCUCAAAGAAGACCAGUGCUGAUAAAGUUAGAAGAAAACUAGUAUUGUAUUAUACAAUGACAAAUGAAUUAAAAGAAACUAACAAAUUGUACAAGUUCAAAGCAAAACCCAAAAGUUCAAUUUAUUCAGUUAGCAGUGUCUGUUACCUGAAAAAAUAUAGAAUGUUAAGUUGCACAGCUCAAGAAACAGGACUGACCUGAAAUACUUUAGCAGGAAUGGCCAAACUGAAGAUAAAAGAAAACUAUCAACGUAAAAGAUCACUGAAAGAGCAAGGAAAAUAUUAGAUAGCAAUCAUCGAAUUUUUAGAACGCAGUGAUAAUAGUACCACCAUGCCGAAUAAGAAGGACGUAAAAAAAGUAAAUGACCAACAAAAGCCAAAACGAAUACUUAAUGAUUAUAUAGACAAUUUAUAUGAUAAGUUACGUUUGGAAAACCAGACAUUCAAGGUCAGUAGAGCUACAUUCUACAGAUGUUGUCCAGGUAAUAUUAUGCCAGUUUCAUUCACUACAAAAAGAUCGUGCUUAUGCAUAAAGCAUCAAAGUAUGGCCCUGAUGACAAGCAAAGGACUAAAUGAAAGUCUUGGUAAAAGUGACAGAGCACUAGACAAGUUUUAUUACAGAAAUUCAAAUGAAGAUCUUCUAAGAAUAGUUGAUGAUAUGGACAAAGAGAAAAUAGGGUUUAGUAAAUGGAAGAGAAUUGAUAUUAGUGACGGACGAAAAAAGAUAGGAUUGGUAAAUGUUGAGCUUGAAGCUAAUGAGUUCAAGAAAGAAUUAGUAAAGUGUGCUGAUAUCUUUAGGCAACACGUUGACAUGGUUACUAAUCAAUACGAUGAGAUACGCAAAUUAAAGGAAAAUCUACCAAAUGGCCACGUAUGUGCGCAGCUUGAUUUUGCUGAAAACUACACAUGUACCACAUACGACGAAGUACAAUCAAUAUAUUGGAACAAAACCAUGGUCACUAUACAUCCUAUUGUUGUCUACUUUCGAAAUAUUGAAAACGGCAAAAUAGAGCACAAAUCAUUUGCUAUGAUUUCAGAUGAACUAUCCCAUACAGCAGCAGCAGUGUUGGCCUUUCUACGGUCAUUGCUUCCUAAACUACAUGAGCUUGUUCCUAAUAUAUGUCCUGUGUACACUAUAUAUCAGACAGCCCGACAUCCCAAUACCGAAACAGAUAUAUCUUUAAUGUAGUUGCUGAUCAUGUAUCACUGUUCAGUGUUCCUGCUAGCUGGCAGUACUUCGAAGCAGGUCACGGCAAAGGUCCUUGUGAUGGUGUAGGUGCCAUGGCAAAACGAAUGGCGGACAAUGCAGUUAAAAGCGACAAACAUGUCAUUCAAGAUGCCAAGUCCUUUUUUGCAUGGGCUUCACAGUCUGAAUCAUCAAUCAAUUAUAUGUGGGUUGGAAAGGAUUCAAUCGCUCAAGCUGAUAUAGACAUAAAUGCUACUGAACUAAAACCUAUUAAAGGAACAAUGUUGUUGCACGCAGUUUUUGGACACAGUGAAUCUACUAUAAUUACAAGGGAAAAGUCCUGCUUUUGCGAGGAAUGCUUUGUAGAUGGCAAGUUGUGUUCAAAUAGUGUUUGCGAGGGUUGGCAACAACAUGAAAUCAAGUCUGUGUCUACACCAGUGGCAGUUGAACAAAAUGUCCAAACAGAACCAACAAAUGAUGAAUACCACAAUGGUGACUGCAUGGAUUGCAGCAGUAUAUCAAAAUGACUGGUAUAUUGGGCAAGUAAUUGAUAUUGACAUUGAUGAAGGAGAUUACAACAUAUCCUUCAUGACAAAAACCAAACUUCGGGGAGCAUAUAGCUUUAAGCAUCCAUCAAAAUCAGACAUUAUGUGGGUUUUUUCUAGUCAGAUUCUUUGUACAGUAGAAGAACCAUCGCCUGUAGGAAAAAGUGGACGUGCUUUCUCUCUUUCACCGGACACAGUCAUCGAAGUUGAAAGACGUUUUCUUGCUAAUUCCUCCGUAACAGAACAUUGAACUAAAAUUGCUUUUUUUGACAAAUUGUUUUCAAUUAUUACAUUUCUUUGU